CCCCCCCCUCUCCUUUUGUGGUGUGGACUUUCAUGACAAACUGUUGAGACUUUGAUCCAUCAGAAGAAUACCAAAUUUUUUAGUUUUUGUUUUGUUGUAAUGGUGAGACAGCAGGACAAAAAAAUAAAUAAAUAUUAAGAUAGAUAUAUUGAUGUGAGAUAACUGGACAAUUCUUAAAAGGGAAUCUUAAUCUCCCUAAAUGAUUUUCCGUUCUUGGCUAACAUUUUUUCUUGUAAUAUUUGAACAACCAAUGCUCUAAUACCUCCUACAUCUCCCCCCCUCAACGUCUCUUCUCCAUUUUUCCUUCCAAACUGUUACCUGGAGAGGCUUCAUCGUGGCCGGCACUAUUCCAGCCAAGGGGGAGGAGGACUUCCUCACACUGGCCGCCUCUCGGCUUAGCCGCAGGAAACGUGUGAUUAUAGCUGCUGUUGGCGUGGCCAUGGUUCUGAUUCUGUUGGUUGCUAUUCCCCUUCUUGUUCACACAACCAAAGGUGGCAGCGCUGGGGGAACAGGGAACCAUUAUGAAAUGCUUGGAAGCUGCAGGAUGGUGUGUGAUCCUUACGCUACUUCUCAACCUGGUCAGGAAUUGAUAGCUGUGUCUUCGCCCCCCCAGGAAUACUCUGGAAAGAAGAUAAGGUCUGGGCUUCGAGGGCCUCCUGGGAACCCAGGUCCUCCAGGAGAACGCGGGCCCCCGGGGGAGCCAGGGAAACCGGGGCCGCAGGGGCCCCCCGGUCCUGGUCCGGGGGGUUAUUCUCCCUCCAUCUACACCCCUAAAAUUGCCUUUUAUGCAGGGCUACGCAAGCAGCACGAGGGCAGCGAAAUACUGAAAUUUGAUGACGUGGUCACCAAUGUUGGUAAUUACUAUGAGCCCAGCACCGGAAAGUUCACCUGCCCUCUGCCUGGCAUCUAUUUUUUCACCUACCAUGUACUAAUGAGGGGUGGUGAUGGCACUAGCAUGUGGGCAGACCUGAAGAAGAAUGGACUGGUAAGAGCAAGCGCCAUUGCACAAGAUGCUGAUCAGAACUACGACUACGCAUCCAACAGCGUGAUCCUGCAUCUGGACGUCGGUGAUGAGAUUUGCGUGCAGCUGGAUGGCGGAAAAGUCCACGGAGGAAAUCAAAAUAAGUACAGCACUUUCUCUGGAUUCCUUAUCUACCCGGACUGAAGCUAAAUUAACAGCCAGAGAGGAGAAAGGAAAGGAAGCAACGGACAAGGGUUGACACACAUCUACAUUAUGGAUGCAAAUAAAUGCACAUAAGACAAAAUCCACACACAUACAUGCAUGCAUGUAAUCACAUGUGCACACACCUACAUAAACAUCUGAUGGCAUUACGAUGGAUUGCAUUGAAUUAAAGUAAGAAUUAAAUUAAAGUGUAAGAUACCGAGCCAAUCAUCAGCAGCAACAGUAUUUAUAUGAACCUUAUUGUGCAAAUAGAAAUAUCAGGAUACUAUAUGGUACAGCUUAAAUAAACUAUUUAACACCAAGGCUCAGAAAUAUCUUAAGUAUUACAUUGUAAUCUAUAAUAACUGACAUGGUAAGAACACAGGUAAAACAAACACCAUAGGUUGGAUAAUUAACAUUCUGUAAUGGUGUUAUGGAGAGGAAAUUGAGGCAAAAUCAUGUUUAUUGUUUAUGUUGAAAUAUUGUCUUUCAGUAUGUAAUUUCCAUUCCAAUAAUCUUUGCAGCUCCUUUGGAGUACACACAGAAGAAUAUUUACACAACAGUUUAGAUGAUAUUUGAUCUGAGAUAAGGCAUAGAACUGAUUAAAAAAAAAAAGAUUUUUCCUCCUUGUCUUCAUUGUCAUACAUGUUGCAACAUACAGUGUUUUUUUUUUACAUUUGCUUGAGCUGCUGUUAAAGAUGCAAAAAGCUUCAGAGUAUAACAAUAUAUAUUGCAGAAGCACUACUUUCAUACUGAAAAAAAUGCACAACAAACCCAACCAUAAAUGUGAGUACAUUUAAUUAGUGGAACAAAUAAUUGAUAUCUAUUAAUUAAAUGUGUCUAUUUUUUUAAUGUACUUUUAUGUUUUUUAAAUUGCAACGGCCCGUUAUUAGUAAUCCACAAAUUCCUGUUCACCUGAAGGUUAAAUAAGACAGAAUGCAGACAAGGAAACAGGCCAUUCAAGAGAUCUCGCCAGCAGCAAAGUUUUCAGUUUGAAAUUUUGUCAAUGCAUAUAGUUGCUAUAUAGCUGAAAGCAAAUCUCUAUAUUUGCUGCAGUUUAUAAAAAUACACUAAAACCUAUUUUUCUCAGUGUCUGACUUUAAAUCAGAAUAAGCUUUUUCUUUUUAUCGUUUUUGCUCAGUUACAAUAAUCAAAACUAUGUUUUCUUACUAAAGGCCAGAAUAACUGGGUAACAGUAUUUAGCUUCAUAUAUACUAAAAUUAUUAUGCAUUUAAGCGGUUUUUGAAAAGUCAAAUGAUGAUAUCAUGACUUCAUAAGCCUCUGACAGAUAAAUUCCAAACAUUGGAGUUGAAUGGAGGGGGUAACACCCUCCUUCAUUUUUACAUAAUAGAAAAAUUCAGGCCCCAUGUCUGGUUCAUCCUUAAGUAUUUACUACUGUUUUUUUUUUGUUUUUUUUAUAGUGACCUGUAUACACAUUUCAUAUGCCAUAUAUUGUAGCCUGUGUAGAUGUUGCUCAUUUUAACGCAUGAUUGAAACACAUCCAGCAAAAGGCACAAAAUCAUUUAAUAAUGAAUUAGUUAUAAGUAAAAGACUCGACUCACUUAUUUCGAAAAACGUUCCUUUUGAGUUUCUAAAAUCUUAAGAUGCCUGAAGGUGCAACAUUAUUCUGCUAGAUAGCUAGAGCUGAAACAAUUAAUCAGAUUAAUCAUGAUUAAUCAAUUAUUGGAAUUAAGCGUCAGCUAAUUUAGUAAUCGAUUAAUUGUUAAAUGGAGUAAAGAGACUCAAAAAUAAGUCUUUAGCUGACCCGCCUAGAGCAGCAUUAAGAUAAAAAAUGUUUUUUGUCUGUCAGUAUGCUCUGUUCUUUGCUCCUCAAGUGGAAAAGC